UUUCAAUGUUGGGUGAAUUGUGUGGACUGUGAAGGGGUAUGAACACAGCAACAGAGCAGCGAGUGAAAGCCAUUGUUAUCAAUUAUUAUCAAAAAGUACAAGCGUUUUUCCGGACAACUGAUCAUUUUUCGAGAAUAAGCAAAUAUCUCGGGGGAAUAUCUCAUAUUGAAAUCCAGAUAACCCCAUCGAGGCCAUCGAGUGGAAACUGUCAUCAUGACACCCGUGACUGAGGAAAAAUCCACGAGUAUAUAAACAAAAAAAAAUGGCCAAAGACCUGGACAUCCAUAAUUGGAAGACCUUCUUUUCUGCCAGGUCGAGGUAAAGAGGAAGAGGAUUAUUGUAUUCUGGAAAAAUUACUAUUGGAGUCGACCGACUUGUCCAUCCCCUGAGGACUAAUUCCUUUGGAAUUCAGUGAUUGCGCCCUUGAAUCAUUGGUCAGUGAGUAAAAAUAAUAAUUUAUGGCUGACGAUAAUUAUUACCAGCGGCCCGUGUCGAACGAUGGCAUUAUAUUUCAUGGUGAUCUGAUGAAUCUGAGUGAGAGCCAUCAGAGAAUGGCGACGAUGGAUGCCAAUGGUAAUGGAAAACGUACUGUUCAACAAAUACUGGAUGACAAUCGUCGAAAGCGGGCCUCCAACGAUUGCAUCGAAUUCGCUGAUCUUGAUUUUGCAUAUGACGAUACAGACACACAUACCAAUGAGAUUGGUGAGUUGUACAGUUAUACAGAGCAGUAUGAGUUUGCACUUAAUCUGAAGGCAUUCGAUGAUUUGAUGGAGAGUUACAAGCUCCGGCCAUGCUGGCAAAAUCUCCAGCAGCCCCAGCAAAAAUCAGUGAUUCUCAAACUUCUGGAUCAACUUGAGGUCUCCAAUAAGCACUCACGAAUGAAAGCAGCCCGUUGUAUCCUGUAUCUCGUUCAGGGAUGCUGGGCUGAGAUGCAGUCAGACAAAGAGCAGCAAGACUGGACAAGAACCAACGUCAUGAUGCUCUACGAGGCUGGAAUUUUUUCAGCUUUUGUCGAGCUUCUGAAUAUCGAGAUUGAGAAUAGUACAGCAGCGAGUUCAGCCAUGCGAAAGCUAGCAGUGAGCCUCGCUGAUUCAGUAGACCUCCGAAUAAUCCUCUCAGUCCUCUAUAUAAUAACCGAAGUAAUGAGAGAGGAAUCCAAGAGUCUCGAGUCCACUCCUUACAAGGACAACGUUUCUAAUUUCAAAGAGGAGCUCAUUCAGGUGUACGGUGAGGACCUCUUGAUUGUUAAACUCCUGGGGAUGGUGACAUCGUUCUGCAGUGGCUCAGCCCCACAUUUUCCCAUGAAGAAGGUCCUUCUGCUCCUCUGGAAACUCAUCCUGGUAUCACUGGGGGGAAUUGACGAGUUGAAACGCUUGAAGGAACUCUAUAGAGAAGAAGCAGGUCUGGAGCCACCACAAGAGGAUACCAUCGAGGUUGCGAGAACGAUGAGGGCCAGCUCCCCACCAACGAGUGCUGCAGAUCUUCUAGAGACUCAGGCAAUAGACUCCCAAAAGAGGAACAGCAAUAAACGUCCAUUGAGAAGGAGCUUGAUGAAGCAGAGCUCACUGGACGAGCCUGCCCUGGCUAUGGAGAAUGAAUACGCAAAAGAGGGAGAGUCUGGGGGUAACGAGGGAGAUGUAGAGGUAAUCGAGUGUGUGAGGAUGGUGCCGAUGUCCCAGAUUCCCAUGUACUGUGAACGACCGAUGGAUCUGAGGCCCAGUACUCCAGAGCUUACAAAGUCCAGGGGCCUGCCUUGGACUCCCAAGGUUAGGCAGAAAGAUGUAGCAGCUUUUCUCGACAGUUCACGACUCAAAUUCGUGGGAUAUAAGCUCGAGGGAGAUGUCGAGAGUCUCGUUGGACUACCACAGCCAAUCCACGAGGGGGUUAAUACGCUCAAACGACACAUGUACACUUCUCUGGCUGAGGUGCAGAUCCAAAAGGAAGAGGAGAUUUCCAGGAAUCCCAUGAGCACACCUGAACCACCGCUCAGACAAACACCCACUGAGAUACUCUAUCAAGCUAUUCUACCCAAUCUCCCCCAGUAUAUGAUUGCUCUUUUGAAAAUUUUACUCGCUGCUGCACCAACCAGCAAAGCCAAAACUGAUAGCAUCAAUAUCAUGGCUGAUGUACUACCUGAGGAGAUGCCCAUGACUGUUCUCCAGUCCAUGAAACUUGGAAUUGAUGUCAAUCGACAUAAGGAAAUCAUUGUUAAGGCUAUAUCAGCUAUUUUGCUGCUACUACUCAAGCAUUUCAAGCUUAAUCAUAUUUAUCAAUUUGAGUUUAUGUCACAGCAUCUGGUUUUUGCUAAUUGUAUACCCCUCGUGCUCAAGUUUCUCAAUCAGAAUAUUUUGGCGUAUAUCGAGGCCAAGAAUAUGAUCCCUAUCUUAGAUUUUCCAAUUUGUGUAAUUGGUGAUCAACCAGAAUUGACUAUUGAGAGCCUGGAAUUCGGUGACAGUCAAACUUCCUCAUGGAGAAAUAUCUUCUCUUGUAUUAAUCUUCUGCGUAUUCUUAAUAAAUUAACAAAAUGGAAACACAGCAGGAUAAUGAUGCUAGUCGUCUUCAAAUCCGCUCCCAUUCUGAAACGAACGUUGAAAGUUAGAAAUGCCAUGACGCAGCUGUAUGUGCUGAAGUUGCUGAAGAUGCAGACGAAGUACCUUGGGAGGCAGUGGCGCAAGACGAAUAUGAAGACUAUUAGUGUUAUUUAUGCUAAAGUUAGACAUCGAUUAAAUGACGACUGGGCCUAUGGAAAUGAUCUUGAGGCAAGACCCUGGGACUUCCAAGCCGAAGAGUGUGCCCUACGUGCCUGUGUCGAUCAAUUUAACAAUCGACGAUAUUUGAACACAAUCAAGGAUGAUCAAUUAGAUCCAGUGGACACUUCAGUCGUCUCGGUACUGGGUGCUAACAUCGAGCUGACGGACGAAUUCAAACAGCAUUAUGAAUUAUGGCUGCAACAGGAAGUAUUCCAGACCCCAAUCGACUGGGAUAAAUUAUUGGAAAUAGAGAAUCAUGAUAUCUAAAUUUUUCUAGAAAAAUCGUCACUUUCAUUUCAAUGAUGAAAUUAUAUUUUUUAAUCGAAGAAUUUCGCACUGGGGAUCCUAUUCUACAAAAAAAUUUCACCACUUCAAAAAUAAAUAGUCAUCAUUUAUGAUAAUUUCAAAUUAUCUUAUACAACUAUUGUAUUUCAUAGAAUUCUUCAGCCAUUCAAAUCGAAAAUUAUCAUUGCAAUCUUAUGCAUCCCAUUAGCAAUAAUUCGAUAUUUCUUCAUUGUUUUUCGAUUUAUUUUUGAUUUUUGAAGACGAUUUAUAAAGAAUAGGUGAAUCUGUUGAUAGCUUUAUAGAUUACAAUGUGGGGUAUGACUAGAUGGCUGCAUUCAGCCAUAUUUCUACUUCAGAUAACCAUUGCCCUAUUUAAUAUGAUCAAAAUUAUUGUCCAAGCCCAUUCAAGUUGUAAUUAAAUCUGUAAUUAAAUCCGUAAUGAUCUCCUCCAAAAUAUCAAGAAGACGUUAAUAACCUAAAUGGAAACAUGACAGAGUCUGGUGAGAAAAAAAUGGGGUAAAAUGGAUAUUUUUGAAAAAAAAAAAUUUAUUCCAAAUUACGAAAAAUCUUGAUAACAGAAAAUUUCGUUAAAUUUUCCUACUAAUCUAAAUUUAUAGAGUAUAGAAAGAAUUUCACUCUGCCUCAAUUAUUCAUUAUAUUGACCAUUUAUUGAUCAAAUAAUUUCACUUGUCCCGCAAGAUAUAAAUUUUUUUUAUUCGAUCAAUUCCCAUAAUCGAGCGGAUUGUAAAAAUUUAAAUAGAGAACAAUCGAUGAUUUUAAUAAAUACAUGAAAUUUGUAUGUAUAAAAAUGGGACAUGGAAUGUAACCCUUCAUAAUUAAAUACCAACAGAGGAGAUCAAUAAAUUAAAUACUCAAGGA